AUCCUCAUCAGGAAAUUUAAAAAAAAAAAAAAUUGGGAGAACCACCAAUGCAUUCUUUAAGAUUUCUAUUUUCCUUCUAUUUCUUGUUCUUGCAUACUGCUAUUCUAGCAAGAGCUCAGUUUUGCAUGAACAACAUAGGAAAUUACACAACUAACAGCACCUACAAAAGAAACCUCAACAACCUCCUCUCCUCCAUCGUCUCCAACAACGAAACAAACUACGGUUUUUACAAUCUCUCCGGCGGCCGAAACCCGGAUCAGGUAAACGCAAUCUCACUUUGUAGAGGAGAUAUUUCGUCGGAUGAAUGUAAAGGCUGCAUCAGAAACUCCACUCUGCAAAUCUUACAAGCUUGUCCCAACCAGAAGGAAGCAAUCGGGUUUUCUGAGUCCUGCAUGUUACGAUACUCCAACAGAUCAAUCUUCAACGCCAUGGAAACGCAACCAACUGUUCACAUGUGGAACACAGAGAAUGCAUCAGAUGUCAAUCAAUUCAAUCAGGCACUGCAAGCUUUAUUGAGCAGGCUUCGGAGCAAAGCUGCAUCAGGAAACUCUACACGAAAGUUUGCGACGGGAAAUGAGAGUGCAGGAUUUGAAACUAUAUUUGGGCUUGUGCAGUGUACGCCGGACGUUUCUGAGCAGGACUGUAAUGACUGCGUCGUUGCAGCUGUUCGUGAUAUUCCAUUUUGUUGUGAUGGAAAGCUUGGAGGGAGAGUAAUCAAACCUAGCUGCAAUUUGAGAUUUGAGAACUAUCGUUUUUAUCGAGUUACUCUUGAUGAUGAUGCUGCAACUCAACCAUUGCUACCGGCUGCUCCGCCACCACAAGGGUCUCUUUCACCUCCUCCUCCUCCGCCUUCAGAAGGAAAGAACAAUCGAAGGAUCACUAUCAUCAUCGUCGUUCUAAUUGUAAGCAUUACCACACUUAUCAUUUGUGUAAGUGUUUAUCUAAUACUUCGGAAGCCAAGGGAAAGAGUUGAAACUGUGGAUGAAAUAGUAAGUGUGGAAUCCUUACAAUUCAGCUUUGAGACUAUUAGAGCUUCAACAGAUAAUUUUUCAGAGGAAAAUAAGCUUGGAGCAGGUGGUUUUGGUUCUGUUUACAAGGGUUCACUUCACAAUGAGCAAAAUAUAGCAGUGAAAAGGCUUUCUAGUGAUUCUAAACAAGGAGAUCUAGAGUUUAAAAAUGAAGUAUUGUUGUUGGCUAAGCUUCAACACCGAAAUUUAGUUAGGCUUCGUGGUUUCUGCUUGGAAGGAAAAGAAAGGCUUCUCAUCUAUGAGUUUGUGCCUAAUGGCAGCCUAGAUCAUUUCAUAUUUGAUCCUGUAAGGUGUGUGCAUUUGGACUGGGAAACGCGUUACAAAAUCAUUGGUGGCAUUGCUAGAGGGCUUCUUUAUCUUCAUGAGGAUUCUCGACUUCCAAUUAUUCAUCGUGACCUUAAAGCAAGUAAUAUUUUAUUAGAUGCAGAUAUGAACCCUAAAAUUUCGGAUUUUGGCAUGGCAAGGUUGUUUAUGAUGGAUCAAACUCACAGCAAUACAAGUAGAAUUGUGGGGACAUUUGGAUACAUGGCUCCAGAGUAUGCAAUGCACGGACAGUUCUCAUUUAAGUCCGAUGUGUUUAGUUUUGGUGUGCUAGUUUUGGAGAUUGUGAGCGGCAAAAGAAAUAGUUGUUUCUGCAGUGAUGAAAGCUUCGAGGACCUUUUGAGCUCUGCAUGGAAAAACUGGAGAGAGGGAACUUCCUUGAAUCUUGUAGACCCGAAUUUGACUACUGGUUCAAGAACUGAUAUGAUGAGAUGCAUACACAUAGCAUUACUCUGUGUUCAAGAGAAUAUAUCGGAGAGGCCAUCCAUGGCUUCUAUUGUUCUCAUGCUAAGCAGCAAUUCUCACACUCUUACAUUACCCUCACAACCACCAUGUUUCAUGCUUAGCAGUAUUGAAUCAUAUGUUUCAUCCUCGGUAGGCAAUUGGACAACCAAGUCUUCACAGGCCAGAAACAGAACUCUCCCUUCAUCGAUAACCAGAAACAGAACUCUCCCUUCAUCGAUAAAUAAAGGCUCGAUUACUGAAUUAUACAUGCGAACGCUAUGAAGAAGAUUGUGUCCGUAUAUUUUGCACCUGUAUAUACUUCAAAGUAGCUUGGAUGUCAAAGAGUUGUUAUUAUAGAAUAUAUGAUAUUCAUACAUUUCCUGCAUCGAUUUGUUCAAACUUGUAUUGAUUUUUUUUUUGGGGUUUAUUCCGGAGAGAGUUAGGAAUUAAACCCAUAAACCCCCACUUGCAAUUAUCAGCCACGGUAAUACAGAGGAUGUAAACAUUAUCCGAAAAGAUUGGGCGUAAAGCGUCCAUAGGUGGCUUUUUAAGUCUGCUGUCAAGUUUAUGUACACCAACUGAUAAUCAAAGUUUUAUCUCUAAAUAAAUGAACAACCGUGUUUGGUUUUCUUCUCUUCA